UCUCGCGUCUUUCAUCUCAAAGGCCAAACGGAUGACUUGGCGUUGUUUUUCAUUGUUGUUUAAUCCAGUUUAGAUGUGGAUCAACUUUUGCAUCUUUUCGGAUUAUUAUUUGUGAUUAUCUUCGAUAAGAAACGAUGGAUUCGGUAGAUGAGGAUAUAUCAGCUCGGGUUUUGUUGAGGAGAGUCCUGAACACCGAGUUACCCAGAUCUCCAGUAACCAGAAGUGGGACCCGUCUACGCCGCAGUAUGAGGUCAAAAAACACCCCUGGACUAGAGAGCCCUGGAGUUGCCUUGCGCCACAGGCUCAAGAAAAAACUUCACGAGAGUGCCUCUCACUCACCUGUCCCUCCCCCUAAACGGCAGAAGUCACUGGGAGGAAAGACAAACCCUCCGUCCGCGUCCCCACUGUACGACGAGGACAUCACAACUCGUGGCCUGCUCAAGGGAAUCAUACAGACAGAGACUGAAACCUCACUGCUGAUGUCAGGUCAGCCUUUACUGCAAAAUUCAGAACCAAACGCAGGAGAUUCUUCUGCCUCCAGCACUGGAGAUAGAACUGAAGGUCUGUCUGGAGUGGAGUUGUCUGAUCUGACUCUACACACUGAACCCCUGACACAUGUGGUGAGGGGAUUGAGCCGCAAGAAACCACAGCGUGCCUUCAGUGUAUCAUGGUUUGAGAAAGAGCUAGAGCAACUGCCAGGCAAAUCAGAAGUGGUGGCUGAUGUCUCUCAGGAGAAACAGGAUAUAUCUCAGGAUCUGGAUUUCUCUGCUGGCUCAAGGAGUGGCCUGAAUUUGACCUUGAAGACCCCAUUUGUGGAAAAGCGAACAGAGAGGGCAGGGCUUCAGAGGAAGGUGUCCAAUCGGAGGCUGCCAUCUGUGGAUGCGUUUGACGAGGCUGUGCAAAGAUGUCUUGAGCAGGGCUAUGUCCAAGGUAACUCUGUAUUUCAAGAUGGAAAAACUCUAGAAGAUUCUUCAUGGCAGAAGUUAACUCUCGGUCUCAGUGAUGUUACUGAGCUUUACGUGCAGCCUACAGGCUCGACUGCUCAGCCCAAGAAACACGAAACCUUGGUACCAUCUGCAGAGCUUGAGAGAGAACAUGAUCUCGAGAGUAAUGGAGAAGAAAUCCUAGAAACUCAGGAUGGUGAUAUUCCUGAAGUACCUGAGCUUUUAACCAAAGACAAAGAGCAUGAGAUGGAGUCUGCAUCACAGGAUGUGGAACAGGUGGAGAUGGUACCUUCAUCCCAAGAGGCAGGAGACGGCAUGUCUUUGAGUUAUGUAAAUGAGAUCGUACUUGCUCCCACGCAGGCGAUGACUGAGUCACUUACUGAAUCACUGGAUGUGGAGAUGCCAGAGACCCAAACAGAGGAGGAAGUUGAGGAGGAGAAUGUUCCAGGGGACAUGGAUGCAUCAACGAAUCAAGAGAGAAUAACUCGCAGAGCGCACCGCUCAGAAGGCAGAGGUGUUGUUUUAGGAGUUCCACCAGGUUCAAGAGUCACAAAGAGUCUUGGCACUGGAUUGAACCCCAGAGAAAAAGAUCUUCUGGAUUUUGUUAAUGGGAGCAGAGAGAAUUUACAGAACAUUCCUGAUGAAGAAAUCGAACCACAAGAUGGCCCUUUGUCCCCCCCUCUUUACCCUGCAGCAGAGGUCAACACACCUGAGCGAAGGUCACAGAAACUUGAGUCAAGUCUGGCUGAGGAAGAUUUGCCAGAAUAUGCAGGUGAUGAUGCCCCAGAGGAGAUUAACCAGUCAGAGGAAGAGGAUAUGGUGGAACCUGAGGCAGCCAAUCAGAGCGCUGAACCUCACUCAUGUCCUCCGGAUGAAGAGGAAGACAUCAUGAUAGAGCCUGAGGCAGCCAAUCAGAGCGCUGAACCUCACUCACCUGCUCCAGAGGAAGAGGACUUGAUUGACUCUGAGCCAGACAAUCGGAGCACUAAACCUCAAUCACCUGCUCUAGAUGAAGAGGAAGAGGACUUGAUUGACUCUGAGCCAGACAAUCGGAGCACUAAACCUCAAUCACCUGCUCUAGAUGAAGAGGAAGAGGACUUGAUUGACUCUGAGCCAGACAAUCGGAGCACUAAACCUCAAUCACCUGCUCUAGAUGAAGAGGAAGAGGACUUGAUUGACUCUGAGCCAGACAAUCGGAGCGCUGAACCUCAAUCACCUGCUCUAGAUGAACAGGAAGACAUCAUGAUGGAGCCUGAGGCAGCCAAUCAGAGUGCUGAACCUCACUCACCUGCUCCAGAUGAAGAGGAAGAUGAUGACGACGAUGAUGCUCGUAGUGCAGAGCUGUCCUUGAAAACACCUGCUUUUAUACGACAGAAGAGAGCGAUCGCAAGUCCUUGUGCUCUGGAUACUCCCACAGUCCUUAAGCAAUUGAAUGCUGGUACUGCCCCUCAGGUUGCCAAACGAGCCCGCAGACAGAAGCGUCAGACAGGCAACAACGUCCUUCCCAAGAGUUACAUCAUGAGUGUGUUCAAACACUUCGCAAAGACAAAAGUGGCCAGUGACGUCUUCCCAGCCAUAAAUGAAAUUCUUAGGAAAUACUUUGAUCGUCUAGCAGAUGAUCUGGAGGCAUACGCUGCACACGCCAAACGUAAAACUAUUGAAGUUGAAGAUUUUGAGCUGCUCAUGAGACGGCAAGGGUUUGUGACCGACAACACACCCGUGAACAUACUGAUAGAGAAAUAUCUUCCACUGGAGUAUCGCAAACUCCUCAUUCCCGUUGCAACCAGUGGAAACAAAGUCAUUCCGAAUCAAAGGAGGUGAAUGAUGGACGGGACAACUUUGCAUAUCAGAUUAUCUUCUUGUAAAUAUGUUCUUAUUAUGUUGAAAAAUAUAAAUAUCUUGUUUGGUAGAUAAUGAUGAUUUGUGCAAUAUAUAAAUGCCAUUUGUUUUAUGCAGCACUGUUAAGAAUGGUAAUAAAUGCUUUUGUCGUUUGUAUUUUGGCCAUCUAUGUAUAUUUUCUUAAACACGCAAGUUUUUCCCAGCAGACA